CGAUUAGGCGUCACCACUCCAGGCUGCAAAUUCAUGAGUGCGCUUUUCUCACCGGAGACUGUCCCGUCCCGUGAAGAGGAGGCAAACAGCCGCCGUGCCGCUCGAUGGGGACUCGAAUAUGAAGGACAUUAAAGCGGAUGUCUUUGUCCAUCAGUCUGGGUGGAGUAUAUUCGUGGUGUAGUGGAGCUGGACGCGCCGACCUGAAACACAUCGCUGCUGCGCUGGUGGUGUUGUUGUUAACCCAGCAGCGGCCAACAUGGCUGAGGAUGACAGUGAAUGGGUUGUAGAGAGCAUCGUGGGCUACCUGGGAAGUCCCGAGUGGGUCAUUCCUGUCACGGACUUUAUGGAAAACAAAUGCACAGUUUUUGAUGACGAAGAUGAAAACAAGUUGUCAUACACAGAGAUCCACCAGCAGUACAAGAAACUGGUGGAGAAUCUGCUGGAGAAUUACAUGCAGGAGGUUGGCAUCAACGAGCAGCAGUUUCUGGAUGCAUGCACCUCUCCCUUUGCCAAGUCCAAAACACUGCAGUCGGUGUUCCAGCCAGUUCUGGCUACAGAUGACUUCCAGAUAUUUCGCUCACUGAUGGUCCAGAAGAACAUGGAGCUGCAGCUUCAAGCCCUCAGAGUCAUUAAAGAAAGGAAUGGGGCCCUCCCCGAGUGUCUGACUGAUGGCAUGGACGUGAUGUCAGAGCUGCAGGAGCAAGAGAUGAAAAUCCUGCAGGAGGUUCUCAAAAAGUCAAAAGAGGAGUAUGAUGAGGAAUUGUCCAGGAGGCUGCUAUUAGAGGAAGCGGUUGGCUCUACCUCCAGCAGCUGCUCUGAUAAGCCAAUGACAGAAGGCAGUGAAGCCCAGAAUACCACCUCUGCUCCCAGCCAACAAAGCAUCACUGCCAAGGCCAAAGCUGAGGGGAAUGGUGACAGCAGCCGCACUAAUGGUCACCACACCCCGCUAGUGAACGGGAACACUGCCACUGAAAUUAAUCUGGUCAACGGCAAAGCAGUCACAAAAGAAGAGAGCAAAGCAGCUGCCCCGGGAGGUGGAAGUGCAGCUAAGAGCAGCUCCACACCUAAACCAACACCAGAUUGUGGCAGUAACGGUGUGGCGUCCAGAGCCCUUCCAGCAGUGAGAGCUCCAGUAAAGUCCAGUGAGCCCUCCGUCAGCCUCAGUCCUGACACCAAGGAGCAGAGGAGCAGCAUCCAGACUGCAGCCGAGGCGUGGCUGGAGGAGGCACACAGGGAGGCUGGCUUCUCUAAGCCAUUUACAGAGUUGUCAGCGUCUCAGCAGGAGCAGCUCCAGCAGAGGGCGGCAUAUCUGCGUCAGCAGCGAGACAAGCUACAUGCACUGAAGAAAGAGCAGCAGAAAACCAAGCAGACAACCACGCCAGUGGAGGCACCCACCACCACCCCCGACCCCACCACCACCCCGGAGGCAGUGGGGCAGUCCCAGAGAAACGGGGCCUGUCCCCCACCUGCUCCUCUUCCUCCUGCUCCUCUUCCUCCAGCACAACAAUCUACUAACCCCCCCAAACAGAAGGAGAUAUCUGCCGAGGAGAGGAAGAAGCUACAGAAGAGAAAACAUCUGGCUGACAAACUGAAAGAGGAAGUGAUCAAGAAAUGACGUCGCCCUCCGACUGCAAUAAUAUUCUCACUCCUAUCCUGUUUACUACGUUAAUCAAACACAUGGCUUCCUUUACACUGCGUCCUAAUUCACUUUGCGUAACACAGUUCAGGGUUUUUUCCAAAGAAACAAAAACGUAAGAUCUUCCUUCUUUCAAAGUUCUUUUCAUUGCUGUCUACAGAGGAAGAAGGUGCAUCUUUUUUAUAUAUAUUUUAGAUGUACGAGUAUGUGGCAGUCUCCGCUUGUAAGAGUGCACCCAAGUUUUCUAGCAUCUGUUUGACUCAAAAAAGUUCAGAAAAUAUCUGGUAAACUGAAAAGCACUCGGACCAAUCAGGGGAUAUACUGCCAGUGUAACUAGACUCGAGUGGAGAACACAGAUGGCUUUUACUUUACAUCACUAGAUACACCUGGGCUGUGUCCAAAGAACUCCUGAUUUGUUACUGGGUGCACUACAGUUAUGGUGCAUUUCAAUAACCAUACCACUUAAAAAAUAAUAUUUAGUAAUUCCCAAUACAUACUAUGUCUUUGAAGAAGAAUAAGGGCCAUGUUAUAGGAAAAAAAAUCUUAGAUUUCGAGAGCUGCACUGUGCAUUAUCAUGUUCAAUGUGUUGUCAUUCAUAUACCUACAAUGCAUCCUGUUAUGCUUUGCAACCUAAGGCGGCCUGACAGCAGUGGGGAUAAGCAGCUGGUCUCCAGUCCUCCCAGUGAUCAACACAUCUUGGUUAUACCAUUGUAUGUGCAUUGGUAUGUUGGAUGUGGCACACCAUCCUGCUCUUAUGCAUAACUCUUAUCUCCAGUGCUGUUGUAGCUGACAAGCUCUGGUGUACUGUUAUGCGCUCGUCAUAGUGAGUGACCCUGCACGCCAUUCCAUUUGUUCUUUUAACCUGAGCGUUUGUCCGUUUGUCUUGUAGGUUUACGACUUUAUUCUAGCCAAAUUCCAACUUUUUUCUCAUAGAUUUACGACUCCGUUCUCAAACUCUAUGGUUGUUUUGUUUUUUUAAAUGGCCCUAAUUCUCUGUCAUAUAUGUCAAAUGCAGUAUAAUAAAAAUACCAGGAUGGUCUGCUGCAGCCGGUCACAUUUUACAACGUUCUUCUGCUAUUUUGGAGCUAUUCCGACCCACAACCCUCUGCGCAGUGGUAGAUUGAUCUCAUCAGCUGCUCUUCAGACAGAUAACAGAAGCUGCAAUGACUAUAAUCAGUCAUGAAAUUGAAAACAGUCUAUUAUGCAGCUAUAAUUUAAAAGUUAAAGCUAAUAUAUUUUGCAAAGUAACAACAGCAGAGCCCUCCAGGUUGGAGAAUGGAGUUUUGUGUUAUCUCAAAGGUAAUCUUAAGUGGUAACGUUUAAGAUCUGCCUCGUUGAAAUCACGUACUAUUUCUUUAUGCUUCAAAUUUGACACUACCGACUGCAAUGUUUAGUGAGCAAGAAGGUCAAAGUUCAAGGUGCAACAGUACAUACUUUGUGUGGGCAGCUGCAGUACGCCCUGAAAGUAAACAAAAACGAUGUAAUUUGGAACACAGCAUUACUUUAAUGACUUUUUGGAUUGUCCAAAUUCUAUGUGCAAUAUUUAUGGAUCAUAUAGUGCCCUAAAAAAAAUCCCACAUGGAAUGCAUGUGUACACUACUACCAUUGAUUCCUAACUGAAGGAGUGAUUUUGGACACACCCCUUGGCUUUUUUUCUCUGUAGACAACAGUUGCGUGGUGAAACACAGACUCAACGUUAGGCACGACUGGCCUGGGCUUGAAUCAGUGAGUUAGGGUUAACACUGGUGAAAGAGUGUUGUGUUAAGGUGAAGAUAACAUUAGCUAGCACAAGUGUACAGUCUUGUCGUUAGCAUUCCCAAAGGGGAGGAGUCAGCCGGUACAUCAUAAAGCUGAGAACACUGUAGCAGCUCAUCUUAGUCUAAAGAGCGCCGUGGAAGUAGUAAUGAGGAACUCACUGUCAUGUGAUGACGAAGGGGCCAAGAGGACAGUGUAUUGCUUUCUACGAGGAAUGCAGUAUUUCAUGUACGCUGUUUAAUAAAUCACAUUUUAUAGUAA